ACUCAAUGCCAGCAUUGUUGCUUUUCAGCAGCCUACAGCAUAUCCAGCCAUAAGAAUACACAAGGCUCAGAUUUGCUCCGUUCUAUCCUUCCUCUUCCUUCCCCUGCAAACUCCUCUCUUGCCCAUUGGCAACACUGAGGUUUGAAAGAUGGCUAUCUUGGUUAUCUCGGUGGACCUGGAAUGCUGCCGCUGCAGAGCCAAGAUCACCAAGGUCCUGGACUGCCUCAAAGAGGAGUUCUGCAUCGAGAAGGUGGAGUUCGAGGAGAAGCUCAACAAGGUGAUUGUGCGCGGCAAGUUCAGCGGCGAGCAGCUCUCCAAGAAGAUCUGGUGCAAGGCCGGCAGGAUCAUCAAGGAGAUCAAAAUCGUCGAGGUCUGGCCGCCGCCGCCGCCCAAGCCGGACCCCCCUAAGGAAGAUCCAAAGCCAGAGCCACCCAAGGAAGAACCCAAGCCACCCAAGGAAGAACCCAAGCCGGACCCCCCUAAGGAAGAUCCCAAGCCCCCCAAGGAAGAUCCCAAGCCGCCCAAGGAAGAACCUAAGCCGCCGCCGCCGCCCAAACCAGAGGUGAAGUGGGUGCCAUACCCGUACCCUCUGCCGUACCCGUGGUCGCCGUCGCAGAGCUGGCCGUGCUCGUGCCCGCCGCAGCGGCCGUGCCAGUGCCCGCCGCCGCGGCCGCUGCCGUGGCCUCCUCUGCCGCCGCACUGCACGUGCUCCAAGAAUGACGACAAGCACGACAGGUGCAGCGCCUGUGGCGGCGAAAGGCCCGACCCGCCGGCAAAGCCGCCGUGCCAGUGCGGCGGGAGGCCGCCGUGGCCGCCGUGCAGCUGCGGUCCCAACAAACAGCCGUUCUGGUGGCCGCCGCCGCCUCCGCCGCCGCCGGGGGUCGUCUACCCGCCGCCGUGGUGCAAUAUCGUCACCGAGGACAACCCGGGAUGCUCCAUCAUGUGACAACUGCUGCAUGCUAAUGGCAUCAGCACUCUGCUCUAGCCGGGUUUCGAUUUCCUCUGCUAAUGGGCCUCGGAGAUCGCAAUAAUCCGACACUAGUCGGUGCCGUUCGUGUACACUCUGAAGCUUUUUGUGGUUGGUCCUUGCGUCGUGUUGCCAUUUGGGUUGUGCAGUGUGUGCGUUGUGCGUUCAACUUUAUUUACUUUCUUCAAAAAUAAAUACAUGUAACACCAAUGUAUUUAAUUAUUCGAUGUUAUGUUGGUAACUGUAUGAGUUGUUCAAUCUAGUCUUUUGUUUGCUUU